AUGGAACGCUACCAGAGUCUGGAAAAGAUUGGUGAGGGCACAUACGCAACAGUCUUCAAGGGCAAGAAUCGAUCGAACGGCGAUGCCGUCGCCUUGAAGGAGAUCCGACUCGAUUCCGAAGAGGGUGCACCAUCGACUGCCAUCCGUGAGAUUUCGCUGAUGAAGGAACUUCGCCACCCAAACAUUGUCCGACUUCACGACGUAAUCCACACCGAGAACAAGCUGACGCUCGUCUUUGAGUACAUGGACCAGGAUUUGAAAAAGUAUAUGGACCAGCAUGGCAACCGGGGUGCAUUGGGACCCAUUGUCAUCAAGGCCUUCAUGUAUCAACUCCUCAAGGGCGUCGCCUUUUGUCACGACAACCGGGUCCUCCAUAGGGACCUCAAGCCUCAGAACCUCCUGAUUAACCGCAAGGGCGAGCUUAAGUUGGGCGAUUUCGGUUUGGCAAGAGCCUUUGGUAUCCCUGUCAACACCUUUUCGAACGAGGUCGUCACCCUUUGGUAUCGAGCACCCGAUGUUCUCCUUGGAUCCAAGACAUAUUCGACAUCAAUCGACAUUUGGUCCGCAGGCUGUAUCAUGGCAGAGAUGUACCUGGGCAAGCCACUCUUUGCAGGAUCUAAUAACCAGGAUGAGCUUCUCAAGAUCUUCAAGGUCAUGGGUACCCCCACUGAGGAGACCUGGCCCGGCGUCACCAAGCUGUCAGAAUACCGCAAGGACUUCCCGUACUACCCUCCAAAACCCCUCUCGACAGUGGUGCCCAUGAUCGACACUUUUGGAAUGGAUCUUUUGAUGCAGAUGUUGAUCUAUCAGCCCCAGCGGAGAAUUACUGCCAAGGACGCCCUGAACCAUGUGUACUUUAACGACAUCCGUGGAUACGCCAAUUUGCAACAACAACAGCAGCAACAGCAGGCCGCAGCUGCGGCAGCGCAGGUCCAGAUGGGCGGUGGCGGUGGCGUUCCAAAUGGACAGAUGAUGGGUCAGCCAUCGCAGCAGCAGCAGGCAGUACCGCUCUCGUCCAACACUGCCCCUCCUCAGCAAAUAGUCUAUCAGCAACAGCAACCACAGCAGCCCAUGGCCCCUCAGCAUCCCCCCCUGCCCUACCAGGUUGUCCAGAUGCAGCAGCAACAGAUCAUGCAACAACAGCAACAACAGCAGCAGCAGCAGCCGCAGCACCAGAUGCCGCCCCAGUCGUACUCUCAACAGCAGCAGCCCAUGCAUCAGCAGUACUAA